AUGUCCUCAGGCACAGCGUGGUGGCGGAGGGCCGCCAGGCGUGCAGGAGUCUCCCUCACCGCCGGCAGGAACAUGGCUGUUACCGCAGGCGGCCGCCGUGGUGAAGGUGGUAGUGCACGUCGCCGUGGUGAAGGUGGUAGUGCACGCCGCCGUGGUGAAGGUGGUAGUGCACGUCGCCGUGGUGAAGGUGGUAGUGCACGUCGCCGUGGUGAAGGUGGUAGUGCACGCCGCCGUGGUGAAGGUGGUAGUGCACGUCGCCGUGGUGAAGGUGGUAGUGCACGUCGCCGUGGUGAAGGUGAUAGGCACUCCCGCGCUGGGCGCCAGCCUGGCGUCAUGAAUGAAGGGGCGGGGAUAUGUUGA